AUGGAGAAACAAGAUCAUCAGCUCCCCAUAACUAAAGGUUCAUACACAAACUAUCCAAAGUCCAAAAACACCAGCAUCUAUUAUGCGAUCUUUCUGGAAAUACUGAUAUUAUACGGUAUAGUAACCAACUAUCAACAGUUGUAUGAACACAGCGAGUAUCUUGCGGGAGUGUGUCUGGGGUCGUUUUCUACAUUAUUUUCACAAUCAAUAUCACAGUUAUACAGGCAAUCUUUCAGCUUUGACAAACACUUCAAGUUCUUUCUCUGGGGUUGCAUAAACAGUCUCAUUUCCAACUUUUGGAUCGGAAUACUUUUGCAUUCCUUGGACAAUAAUAUCCACCGAUUCCUUCUUGAUCAAACGGUGGGAGUUCUAACUGGACAGCUUAUAUUUGUGUUCUUCAAUGCAUUUUGGGAAUCUUCACUCAAUUAUGCGUCCUUGAAAUCCACAUAUCUGACAUGUUUGAGAUAUUCUUACAUGAUUUGGCCCCUAGUUUCGUUCCUUAGUUUUUUCCAUCUUCACGAGGAUUACAUAUUUCCACUAAAUUGCUUUGUGACAUUGAUCUGGAACAUAAUUUUGGCCAUGAUAUCCUAA